GGCUGCGUCACCUAAGCCCCUCCCCUCCACAGACACGUAUUGUUGUUUCACCGAUAAUAAAAGAUGGCGUCCGGACCCGCGUAAAUUGGACACCUAGUAGAGGUCAUUAAGUUACCGGUGACAAACUGGGACAAGCAAACGUGUCGACAGAGGAGGGACCAUGGCGUUCGAGGAGAUCAAGGGUAAAGGAGGAUUUGACAUGGGGAUGGACGGAGACCGAGGCCUCGUUGCCGGCCGUAGCCAGAGAGAGAAGAGGAGGUCGUACAAAGAUCUGCUGAGAGAGGAAGAGGAGAUUGCUGCUCAGGUUCGGAAGUCUUCCAAGAAACGUCCCAAGGAUUCAGAACUUUUCAUGCUCGGAGGAGACUCGCAUAAAAAGAAGAAGAAACACAGUGACGACCACUAUUACAGAGAACACGAUCAUUCAGGUCCUCCUCAUAAGAAGAAGCACAAGUCUGCAGAUCGCUCUCCUACGCUCUCCUCCACUUCGUCCUCCCACCCGACAGAUACAGCCAUGGGCCUCCUGCAGGCGAUCACCUCCCCUCUGGCCACAGGCUCAGACCCCAGCCCCCACCUGCACAAGAAACCCUCCUACCCCUCCUUCUCCUCGCACUCCUCUAAGGACCGCAAACGCGAGGGCAGCAGCGGCGGCGGUGGGAGCAAAGGGAGCCACUCGUCUCACUCCCGCCCCGCUUCCUCGUCGUCAUCUUCCUCUAAGAAGCACUCCUCCUCGUCCUCAAAGUCGUCUCUGUUCCACGGCGGAGCCCCGAAAGAGGAGCCGUUGACGUUGCGAGAGGCCGACGGGCUGAAGAUGAAGCUCAUCAUGUCGCCGGAGAAAGAGGAAGGAGAGAGCUUCCCGUUCACGCCUCACUCGUCCAAAGGAAGCACGAAGAAAGAGAAGGAUCGAGACAGGAUGCAGGUCUCAAAGACGCCCAAGAAGAAACAGCAGCAGAGUCGAGAUCCGCUGCCCGUAGUGGGCAAAGAGGUGGAGGUGGAAGGUCAUUAUGGAGGAGGCAUGGGAGACGACAGCUCCUCAUCAGGGGGGGAGCUGGAAGCCGGUGAGCUGGUUAUCGAUGAUUCAUACACACACCUGUCGAAGAAGAAGAAGAAGAGCAAAAAGAGCAAGAAGAAAAAAGACAAAGAAAAAGACAGAGACAAGGAGAAGAGUGGGAAGGACAAGAAGCACAGCAAAGGCUUUGGAGACUCCUCGAGGAGCCACAGCCACUCCCACCCCACUGUCACCCACAGCUCAGUGGGGCCGAUGUACGCCAUGGGCACGCCCGUCCCUCAACACCACCAUCCGGGCAGCGACGGAGUGCCAGAGAAGAAGAAGAAGAAGAAGGAGGAGAAAGAUCGGGAAAAGCACGAGAAGGAAAAAGACAAGCCCAAGAAGAAGAACACAACAGCCUAUCAGGUGUUUUGUAAAGAGUACAGGGUCAACAUUAACGCAGAGCAGCCAGGACUAGUGUUUGGUGAGCUGAGCAAGAAGUUGGCCGAGGUGUGGAAGGCGAUGCCAGAAAAAGACAAACUAGUGUGGAGGCAGAAGGCUCAGUACCUGCAGCACAAACAGAACAAAGCAGAGGCCACCACGGUCAAACACAAGAGUGCCAGCGAGGGCAAGAGCAAAGUUGUAGGAGCAGGAACGGGGAUGGUCUCUCCCAACAGAGCGCCCGGCAACCUGUCCCUGUCUCCAGCUCGAGUCCCUGAUGUAGAUCCCAUCGAUGCAGCGGCUCACCUGCAGCUCCUGGGGGAGUCCCUGUCUCUGAUUGGACACAGGCUGCAGGAAACAGAGGGGAUGGUGGCGGUGUCCGGGAGUCUGUCUGUCCUCCUGGACUCGAUCCUGUGUGCACUCGGACCGCUGACCUGUCUCACAGCACAGAUACCAAAGCUGAACGGAUGUCCUCGAAACGUCCUGUCUAAUACGUUGGAUAACAUCGCCUACAUCAUGCCUGGGCUGUGAGCGACGGACUAAAUCAAUGUGAACUGAUGUGGACUCAGACGUCAGCGGGAGGAGUGACCCUUGGACUUUAAUUUAAGCCACCGAUGACGUCUGAACGCUGAUAUUUUUAGUGUCAACAUGUUUUUAAAGUGUAUUUUUUUAAAAACCUAGUUCUCUUAAUUUUCUAAUUGUGAUAUUUUUUAAAUGAAACGUUUUACCGACCAUGUUAAACUCUCGCCACGUGAGCGUACUUUUACCGUUACUGUACUGCGAGAUUCUGUGUGAUUCGGUUUGAAUGUGAAGUGUUUGUUUCGCUGUAACGUGGGUUUGUUUGUGUGACUUUCAACAUAUUAGAUUUUUUAUUUUUAUGUACAGAAACAUUGAAGCUGUCGUCUUUGGUUCUCAUCAACAUAAUAUAUAUUUGACACCUGCUUAGUUUUUCUUGUACUCUGUAAAAAGUGAUGUUUUUUACAUUUGAUAUUUUAACGUGCAGCGUUUAGGUUCAGAGUUCACCAUAAAGAUUUAAUCAGGAGCUGUAGAGACAAAAAUCACCUCAAUAAAAUACGAUCUGUUCCUAAA